AUGUUAUCAUCAUCCUCAUCAAAUAAUGACGACAAGGAUUCAAGUAUCACUGAUUUAUUGUAUGAUUUAUGUAGAGAAAAUGGAAUAGAAAAAGCUCGAAGCAUUCUACCAUGUAUUGAUAAUAUAAAUAUUAUAAAUAAAAUUCAAAAUUCAACAUGUUUGCAUGUGGCAUGUUAUUAUGGACAUCGACAUAUGGUACCACUUCUAUUACAAUACGAAGCUCUACAUUCCAUUAGAAAUUUACGACACAAUUUAACACCUUAUGAAGAAGCAUGUAGAGAUGGUAUCAAACAGCUGUUUGUAGAACAUUGCAAAUUAUUUUCAAAUAAUAAUUUUGAUUAUGAUUAUGUUGAAUGGUCAGUAGUAGGAGAUGAUCUUCUUGGAAAACGACGUGAAUUUCGUCAAGCUAUUGAUUUAUAUAAAACCUAUAAUAAUCAUAAUUUAGUAUCAAAAUUAUUAGCUGAAGUUAUUCAUUAUUAUUUAAAUGAAUAUCUGAUAAAUCAAAGUAAUGAUAUUGACAAUCGAGAAGAUCAAAUUACUCGUGAACAAAUUGAAACUAUUGAAGAAUAUUUCAAAGAAGCUAUAGAAAAACAAGAUUAUUUAACAUAUUUUAUAAAAGCUUAUACAUUAACAAAUUGUUUUUAUAAAGUAUUAAAAAAACAUAUGGCUCUGUAUAUAUUACAAUAUUUUGAUAAAACAAAAGACUUUUUAUCAAAUUAUCGUUUUGUGAAUUGUUUGAUUCAUAUUGUUACACUCUUAAUUUAUCAUCCAAAUUUACCUCAAUAUCGAUAUCAAGGUUUAUGUUAUCGUGGUAUGAGAAUAACACAAAAUGAUUUAAAUCAAUAUCUCUCAAAUCAAUAUAUAUUAAAUCGUUCAUUUUUAUCAACAUCAAUUGAUCGUGAAGUAGUUGAAAUGUUUGCUGGUGAAGGUCAACAAUCCAAAAUGAGAUAUACUCCUAAAAAUCAUUGUGCAUUACAAUAUUCAUGUUUAUGUCAAUAUUUAAUAAAACAAAAUUCAACAGCUAUCAAUAUACAAAGUUUAUCAACAAGACCAGAUGAAAAAGAAAUUUUAAUUCUUCCAUUUACUGUUUUUAAACUCAUAGCAAUUAAACAAAAUUAUCUUGAUGAUCCAAAAGCAUCAAUUUCAAUUGAAAUUGAAUUAGAAGAAUGUGAAGAUACAAAUGAUAAUAAAAAUGAAUCAGAAAAUAGCGAAACACCAAGAACAUCAUCAUUAUCACCAACUAGUGAUCAUAACAAAGAUGUGGAAGAAUAUCAAAAAUUCGAACAACGAAAACGUUGUCUUUAUAUCAUCAUUGGAUUUUUGGUGUUCGCUAUUCUUUUGGUUUUAACUUUUAUAUUUAUUUGUAUUUUCGUUAUUCAAAAAGAUUCCACGAGAACGACUACAAGCAUGACAACGACUAUCACAGAAUCAUUACCACCAGAUUGUUCCAAUAUAUUAGAACGAUCUAGCUGGAAUGCAAGUCCGUCUAACGGACUUGAGAAUUUUAAAAAAUUACCGGUUACACAUAUUGUUCCACACCAAAUACUAGGUUAUAAUUCAAUUAUGAAUCACCAGGAUUGUAUUAAACAAAUAAAAAAAGUUCAAGAUGAUCAUAUGAAUAAACAAAACUGGGCUGAUAUUGGUUAUAAUUUUAUCUUGUGUGGUGAUAAUGAUGACCAACAACAAAUUUAUACAGGCAGAGGAUGGAAUUUUACUGGUGCACAUUGUAAAACUUAUAAUAAUAGAUCAUUAGGUAUUUGGAUUACUGGCAAUUAUGACAAUAUAAAAUCUUUAAAGGCAUUUAAAUCAUUAAUUCAAUGUGGUAUUAUGAAGAAUUAUAUUACGAAAAAUUUUACACUCGUUGGACAUAAUAAUUCCAUAAACAUUUACGAGUAUUAUUUGGAAUAUUUUAGAAAUAAUACCGACCUUCAAUAUAGCGAUCAAGCUAGCAACAAAACGUUUUUGUGUCCAUCCUAA